AUGGCGAGGAAACGCAAGGCCUCCGACUCCGCCGUGGACAUUGACGGCGACGGCGACGGCAACGACGUGCUCCAGUACUCGCCACCACUGCUGGCUUCAACAGACGCGUGUGCAUGGGCAUCAUCGGGCGGUGGUAGCAUGGCCGCGGUGGCUGCUGCUGCGGCGGCGGCGGCGCAGCAGCAGCAGCGGGGAAGGAAGCGGUUCGUGGGCGUGCGGCAGCGGCCGUCGGGGCGGUGGGUGGCGGAGAUCAAGGACACCAUCCAGAAGAUCCGCGUGUGGCUCGGCACCUUCGACACGGCCGAGGAGGCCGCCCGCGCCUACGACGAGGCCGCGUGCCUCCUCCGCGGCGGCAACACGCGCACCAACUUCUGGCCGCGCCCCUCGCCGGCUUCCUCCGUCGCAGUAGCCCCCGCCGCCGUGCAUCCCGCGCCGCCUCCGCCGACGCCGGCGGCGGCGUCGGGGUCUCCAACGCAGGCGCCGGCUCUUCCGUCCAAGGUCACCAAUCUCCUGCUCCUGCGGCUCAGGGCUCGCGACAACCAGCAGCAGCUCCUCAACGCUGCCCCGGCGAGGCAGCAGGAGGCCGCGCUGCUACAGGGGCCGUUGUGCGCCGAACCGUACGGCAACGGCGGCGGCGAGGAGUGCGCCUUCCAAGUCGACGACUUCUUGAGCUACGACUGCGGCAGCGAUGAGAACAGCUCGCAAGAAAUAGAUGAAGAGGAGGAGGAAGAAAAAGAGGAGGAGCUGGACUUCCAGUUCAUGGACCAGCAGACCGCGUCGCCGGCCGCGGGGUGCGAGGGCGGGCUCUGCUCGCCGUUCGAGGUGGUGGCGGCAGAGCUCGGCGGCGGCGUCGGCGGCGAGCCGGCCACGGCCGUUCACGAGCUGAUGAUGAGCAGGAUGGACUACGAGAGGAAGAUCUCGGCGUCGCUCUACGCGCUCAGCGGCGUCUCGGAGUGCCUCAAGAUGCGCCUCGGUGCCGCCGCUGCCGGUGGUGGCCACGCCGUGCGUGAUCAGCUCUCCGGGCUGAGGGAGGCGUGCCGGAAGAAGCAGCGAGAGACAGUUCAACAGCAGCAGCAGCACGAACAAGAACCGUCAACGGAAACAGCAGAGGAUGUCAAGCCGUCUCGUGAGGAGUGUUCGCCCGGCGGCGGCGCCCCGGAGGCGACAAGCUCGUCGUCUGAGGCGAGCGACGGUGACGGUGACGGCGAUGUGCUGCUGUGGAGCUCCCUGGACUUGGCUCCCAUCUGCUGA